AUGUGGAUUCGGGAGCUCUUCUACUUGGUAUGCGGCAGUCUGCGGCGCCUUGUCAUCGACAUGCCACUGCGCAGCCUCUAUCCAGCCGAUGACCAUCUCAAUGUGAGGAAGACCCUGCGCGAAGGCUUCAGCACUCUCACAAAGCUGGAGGAAUUCGUCUCCGUGCGCGACGAGCUCUACUUACGCGUCUACGAGCGCGAGUGGCUCAUCGAGGAGGCGGAAGUGUGGACGCUCUGGCCCGCGCUGCGCCGCCUGGCGCUGUAUAAUGUUGACGCCGACGAGCAAUUCUGGGGCCGGGUUGCUGGCAUGCCGAAACUGGAGACUUUGAUAUUGACGCGAGCCGAUGGGAUGCAGGAGACUUGCAUCAAGUCGAGCUACUUUGCGGCCACCCAGAGGCCGAUUGAUGUCUUGAUCGUGAAUGUCUCCACGGAGCAUCCCCGUGAGAUCCCACGCUGGGCAUGGCAGGAUGUGGAUCCACAAAUGAAGAUGCAAGUGAUGGUCUAUGAUGUUCCUACCUCAUUUUAUGGCGAUGAAGACUACAUCACUCUCUGCCAGGACUGGGUCAAGGCCGCAGCUCUGCGCGGGACCCUGUGGGAUUGGAAGGGCUACCUGUUGCAGCCAGCGCCAGUUGGCUCUGGGCUCACUAAUCCUGAGCCAGAGACGAGUUUGUGA